GAUUUUUGAAUUUUGUUUACCUACAAAUUAUAAAAUAUUUGUAUUUUAAGCGCUCAUUCAUUAGUUGUAGUUUAAAAAUUAAUAAUUUAAGCUUAGUAGAGUGAAAUGGCAUAAGUAUGAUAAAGCAGAAUCAUUUUCAAGAGACCAAAAACUCCCAUAACAAUCUCAAGCCUAAUAUGAGAAAUGAAGAUUGUCCAGUUUUGAAUCUAAAAGAAGAGUUGAUAAUUAAGGAUGAACCAGUUUCAAAUCCUCAACCAACAAGUUCCCUCCUUCGAAAAGAUUCAACUUUGUUGAAAAGCAAUGUUGAAGCUCAAUUAUCUUAUAAUAACAAUGAUAUCAAAAUCAAAGUGGAACCGCUCAAUCAAAAUAAUAAAACAAAUUUUAUAGAAAUGUGCGAUGAGGAUGAUAAAAUAAAAUUAAAAAAGCUACAAAUAAUAGAAAACGAAACGACCGUAUAUAAAUGUCAGCAGUGCGACUGUGUCAUUCAAAAGUUUGAAGAAUACAAGUUGCACAAAAGCAGACAUUCCAUUGAGAAAAGAACUUGCAAAAUUUGCAAACUGGUUUGUCAGUCUAUCACUAAGUUAAAAGAACACAUAAACACCCACACAGGCUCAAAACCGUUCGAAUGCCCGAAAUGCAAGAAAGCCUUUACAGCAGCUCACACAUUAAAGUGUCACAUGGAAUGCCACAAAACCAGUUUAAAUUUUGAAUGCGACAAAUGCAACAAAGCCUUUAAAACCAAAAGGUCUUUGCGAGGCCACUUGGACACUCACGCUCAAAAAGUCAAAGAGUAUUCGUGUAAAACUUGUAAAGAAGAAUUCAGGGUUUAUUCCGAAUUACGGCGUCAUCUUGUUACGCAUCACGAGGCUCGAUUACCGGAGCCAAAAUGUGAAAUGUGCGGAAAGAUUUUCAAAUUUGAAUCUCACUUACGGACUCACUUGGCUGUCCAUAAAGAGCUGAAAUUUCCUUGUCAGUAUUGUAAUAAGAUAUUUGAUUCGAUGAAUAAAUUGAGAAAACAUGUUAAUCGAAGUCACGUCAUUAAUGAGUGUGAUAUUUGUAAAAAGAUUUUUUACGAUAAAAGUGAGUUUGCAAAGCAUAAGAAACAUGAACAUGUUGAAGAUAAACCAACAAAAUGCGAAUUUUGCAACAAGGCCUACGACAAAUCAAAAAACUUACAAGAACACAUCAGAAUUCAACAUACCAAAGACAAUUUGGAAAAUAAGUGCGAAACCUGCGAAAAAACUUUUAUCAAUAGGUUUUUGUUGAACAAUCACGUUAAAACGCACUACAAGUGUUUUAAAUGUUCUGGAUGUCCUAUGACAUUUUCGUCUAGGUACAACCUCCAAAUCCAUUCAGUCACGCACACCAACGAGAGAAAAUUCAAAUGCACCAUUUGCCUGAAAAGUUACUCAUCAAAAAUAAGCUUGCAAAAUCAUGUGACUAGUCACUUUGAAGAUCGUCCAUUUCAGUGCAAUCAGUGCGAGAAAACAUUCAAAAACAAUCGACGACUUUAUGUUCAUAAAAUAUCCCAUGAAACCACUUUGAGAUUUGAGUGCUUCAAUUGCGGUAACAAGUUCAAGUCUAAGCAGUACUUGAAAGCGCACAUGUAUAAACACAAUAAGAUCAAGCCCUUCACCUGUCAAAAUUGCUCUAAACAAUUUAAGCACAAAAAGACUUUGGACAAACAUGUAUCGAAAAAACAUCAAAGAAUUAUUAAACAAGAAGUGAUUGGCCAAAAAGAAGAUAAUUUUGUCAGUAUGAAAACUGAAAUAUUCAAAUAAGUUUUGUAGCUUUAGUAGAGUCAAACUUGUAUAUAAGAAGAACAGAAAUCAUUUUUGUUCAUCUGUACAAUUUGUUAUCAAAUCAAAAUCGAGCCUAUAGGGCCUGGAAUCAAAACAUUGAUCCACAUAUAAGUUGGUUUUGCAUUUUCUUAUGAACAAGUUUGACUCAAUGUCUAGUCAUUUUUCUAGUUGUUAAUAAUUUUCUAGUCAAAUAAAAAUGUGUCUAGUCUUUGUGAGAAACUUUAUUGUACUAAUAUAUUCUUGUAAAAAUUGGUUUUGUUUCUUAUAAAAAAAUACAUCAUCCAUAUAAUUACUGACCAAUCACCAUUUGGCC